GUGCAUUCAUCCCUGGAGAUCUGUGUUCGUGCCAGGGAUGGACACCUCCAAUGCCUGUGGCAGCAGGUCUGCCCUUCUCCCAGCCCUUCCUCCACAACCAGAGUCAUUAAAGCUGCUGGAGGAAUUACCGUGCAAUCAAAGUGACAGGCCUCGGGGCCAAGGCUCCUUAUGAUGGAGAUAAUGAGGUUUUGGCAAGGCAGAUGCAAGGAGGUGCGGAGCUGAUGGGCCUGGAGGGACAAAGGGCACAUCCCAGCAGGAUCCUCCCGUGGAACACAGGUCUUUGUGCAGCCUCAGCAGAGGCUGCUGGUCCCGGGCACUUAACAGGGGCUGGUGCCCACCUGCAUGGCUCCAUGUCCUGUGGAGGAGGAGGGAUGGCUUCGGGGGCUGAUUGGCUUGGGGAACAUCUGGCCCUCACCCCAGAGAUCCUGUGUCAGCUCUCCAUAGAUCCAAAACACAGGGGUUCUUCAGGGAGCAAAGCCUUUCCCUGACCUCUCCCUGGCCAUUAGGGGGUGCCAGGCUCAGUUGGCAUGCUCCCACUUCUGCUCCUGCAGGAUCUUUGGACUUUGUGCUGAUUUUGCUGUUUGCUUUUAUUUAGCAGUGGAAUUCACUUUUCAACGAGACAACAAACCCUGCCCCCCACCCCCUGUAUCUGCUGAGGCCUCUCCCUCCCAUUCCGCAUCCCUCUGCCCCUGGGGCAAAGGCACAGGAGGAGGGACCUGUCUCACACUUGGUGCCAGGCAGCAGCCAUGUCCCCCCCGCUCUGGAUCGCAGCCUGGGCGCUCCUGCUCCGCGGCUGUGCUUCAGGGUGGGAGCCGCAGGCUCCUUCCACCAGGAAUGACAUCCGGGAUUGCUCCGCGGACCCGCCGUACCUGCCACCGACGGCCACCAACACGACGGCGCGUCUUGCUGUGCUGCGGGGCAUCAUGCAGACCCACGGCGCCCACGCCUACAUCGUGCCCUCCACGGAUGCCCACAUGGUAAGGUGGGAGUCCCCCGCACCCCAGAGACCCGCUCCGUGCCCACAGCCACCUCUCACUGCUCCAUCCCGGCUCCAGAGCGAGUACAUCUCCGAGCGGGACGCCCGGCUGGGCUGGCUCACUGGUUUCACCGGCUCCGCAGGCACCGCUGUGGUGACGCAGGACAAGGCUGCCCUGUGGACUGACAGCCGCUACUGGACCCAAGCAGAGCGGGAGCUGGACUGCAACUGGGAGCUGCAGAGGACAACCUCGAUCGAGUCCAUUGGGAUGUGGAUCUUGAAGGAGGUUCCUGAGGAGGGGAACGUCAGUUUGGACCCCUUCCUUUUCUCCAUCGACACCUGGAACAGCUACAGCCAGGCUCUGCACGGCUCCGGCCGGACCCUGCUCCCCCUCGAGACCAACCUUGUGGAUCAGGCAUGGGGUGACCAGAGACCCCUUCCCUCCUCCAGUGAGAUCUACAGCCUCCCAGCAGAGUUCACAGGGAGCCGCUGGCAGGACAAGGUGGCUGGGAUCCGGCAGCGGAUGGAGCAGCAUGUGCAGCGCCCCACAGCCGUGCUGCUGUCGGGGCUGGAGGAGACAGCCUGGCUCUUCAACCUCCGCGGAGAUGACAUCCCCUACAACCCUGUCUUCUACUCCUACACCCUCCUGACCAACACGACCAUAAGCCUGUUCGUGGAGGAGUCCCGGCUCUCGAUGGCGGCGCGGGAGUCCCUGCGCUCGGGCUGCCCGGGGCCGCUGUGCGUGGAGCUGCAGGAGUACGGGCAGGUGAGCGCCCACCUGCUCCACUACGCCCAGGGCAACGUCACCGUGUGGCUGGGCACCGAGUACACCACCUACGGCCUCUACUCCCUCAUCCCCCAGGAGAAGCUGCUAGAGGAGAGCUACUCGCCUGUGAUGAUGGCCAAGGCUGUGAAAAACACCCAUGAGCAGGAGAUGCUGCGAGCUGCCCACGUCCGGGAUGCGGUGGCCGUCAUCCAGUACCUGCUGUGGCUGGAGAAGACAGUCCCGCAGGGGCAGGUGGACGAGUUUUCAGGGGCUCAGCACAUCGAUGCACUUCGCUGGGCCCAGGAGCACAGCCGUGGGCCCAGCUUCCAGUCCAUCUCGGCCAGCGGGCUCAAUGCAGCACUGGCUCACUACAGCCCCUCCAACGGGAGCAGCAGGACACUGUCUGCAAGAGAGAUGUAUCUCUUUGACACUGGAGGGCAAUAUCUGGAUGGGACAACAGACAUCACUCGCACAGUGCACUGGGGUGAGCCCACCCCACUCCAGAAGGAAGCCUACACCCGUGUGCUGAUGGGCAACAUUGACCUCUCCCGCCUCGUCUUCCCAUCCAACACAGCAGGGAGAACGGUGGAGUCCUUCGCCCGCCGGGCACUCUGGGAUGUUGGACUCAACUAUGGCCAUGGGACCGGCCACGGCAUUGGCAACUUCCUCUCAGUCCAUGAGUGGCCCGUGGGUUUCCAGUCCAACAACGUGCCACUGGAGGCCGGCAUGUUCACCUCCAUCGAGCCCGGGUAUUACCGGGAUGGAGAGUUCGGGAUCCGCAUUGAGGACAUCGCCCUUGUGGUGGAGGCACGGACUGAGCACCAGAGUGGGGAGAAGCCUUUUCUGACCUUCGAGGUGGUGUCCCUGGUGCCCUACGACCGCAAUCUCAUUGACCUCAGCCUCCUGUCCCCAGAGCAGAUCCGGUAUCUGAACUCCUACUACGAGAGGAUCCGGGCACACGUGGGGCCGGAGCUGCGGCGGCAGCGGCUGGAGGAGGCGUACGCCUGGCUGCAGGAGAGCACCGAGCCCUUCCCGGUGAGCAGCGCCGGCCCCGCCGCCACGGGCACGCUGGCCCUCGCCUCGCUGCUCUCGGUGCUGCUCAGCCGGCUGGGGGCCUGAUCCCGCACCCGUGGCCCCACCACGGCCGGGUCUUCCCCCGCCCUCACUUCCUAUUUUUUUGGUGUAUUCUAUUUGCUCGUCUGUGAUUAAACACGAGCAAGGCGGGCCCCGCUGCGCCCUGCUGUGCCCGA